AGAACACCAUACUUUACUACAUUUUUCGGUACAAGAAAGAAAGGAUAAUACGGUUGACAACAAGAUUGACAAGUCACCCGGACAAGUUAGACCUAACGCAUCGGCACCAGAAACAACAGGUGUUAAUGCGGGUAGUACAAGUGUAGCCUCAGUUUCUGUCGCAACUGGGGCCGGUGAGCGCAGAGUGUGCCUGGGUGUCAUUCCGGUCAAGGUCAAGGUGAAAGGAGAUGACAGGGUAUUGGAGACUUAUGCAUUGCUAGAUAGUGGCAGUGAAGUGUCAUUGUGUAAGGAACAAUUGUUUACUGACCUUGGAUGUGAUGGCAUUGCCAUGAACUUUGAACUAGCUGGUGUAACGGGAACGAGGAAACUCAAAGGUCACAUGGUUGAUCUCGUAGUAAUGUCACAAGAUGGAAUGGUAGAAAGUGAGUUGUUAAAUGUCAGGACAGUGAAGGAAAUUCCUGUAUCUUCUAGUUGUAUACCAAGGAGGGAAGAUGUUGAACAAUUUACUCAUUUGAGGAACAUUAACUUGCAAGAAUGCGGUGCGUCAGAAGUUGGACUCAUUAUUGGACUUAAGGAAAAUCCAUUGCUGUUUGUACCACUAGAAUACAAGGCUGGUAACGAUGGAGAACCGGUCGGUGUGAGAUAUUCUCUUGGAUGGACGGUGAUGGGUCCCAUGUGCGGAAAAAGGGACAGUGACCAGUGCUCGGUUAACCUUAUUAAUGUAGCGAAUAAGCAAUUUCCUGAAGAACUUUAUAAUGAAGAAUCAUGUCUUGUAGCACAUACCCACCCGGAAGAUACCAAGCUUGCUGAGCAUGAUGGUACAGGUGCACCACAGCAUUGUUUGUUUAAGGACAAUGUCUCUAGAACUGCUAAGCUCAAGACUGCGGAUUUAGAAAUAGAGAAGGAGAUUGAUAAAGAGGUAUUGCAGCAACAAUUAGAAAGACUCUGGCAAACUGACUUUGCGGAUUCAGUUGUCAGUUCAAACGUCUGUCCUUCUAUUGAAAAUAAGCGUGCACUAGAGAUAAUGGAAGAUACACUAGAGAUAGUCGACGGGCACUAUCAGGUAGCACUUCCUUGGAGGAGAGACCCGCCCUAUUUACCAUAUAACAAGAUUAUGGCAGAAAGAAGGUGCGGUCUUCUGAAGAAGAGAUUUCUUAGAGACGGUGUUCUGUUUGAUAAGUAUAAGGAGACAAUGAAUGAUUACAUCGAGCGAGGUCAUGCAGAGAAGGUACCGGCUGAAGAGUUGGCGCGAAGUGAUGGGCGGUUGUGGUACUUAAGCCACCACCCAGUGACACACCCAUUGAAGAAGGAUAAAGUGCGAAUUGUUUUUGACUGUGCAGCAAAGUAUGGAGGAACUUCGUUAAAUGAACAAUUGUUACAAGGACCGGACUUGACAAACAAUCUUGUUGCAGUAUUAAGUCGUUUUCGGGAGGAGAAGAUCGGGUUAGUCGCGGAUGUGGAGUCAAUGUUUCAUCAGGUACGGGUGAAUCCAAAGGACUGUGAUGCAUUAAGGUUUUUAUGGUGGCCCAACUCUGAUUUAUCUGGAGAGUUGGAGGAGUACAGGAUGGUGAAACACUUGUUCGGUGCGACAUCGUCACCAAGUGUAGUGAACUAUUGUUUGAAGAAGACAAUAGAACUUAAGGAUAACACCAACCCGGAAGUGUCUGACGCAAUAGUUAGAAAUAUGUAUGUGGAUGAUCUUAUGAAGUCUACGGAUACGACUGAGAAUGCAGUUAAACUUGUAAGUGAUAUCAGAGAAGUGUUGGACAAGGGAGGGUUCAACUUGACCAAGUGGUGCAGUAACGACAAGGAUGUGAUUGCAUCGGUACCAGAGAAGCAUCGAGCCAAGUCAAUGUUGAACGAGCUAGAGCGGCCGACGACUUCGACACUCGGUUUGAAGUGGAAUGUGGAAGAUGAUCAAUUUGUAUGGGAUGUUGCGGACAGCAACAGACGUGCAAAGGAGAAACCUGCAACCAAGCGGAGUGUAUUAUCAAUUGUCUACUCUCUGUUUGAUCCUCUUGGAUUUAUUGCACCCUAUACCAUGAAAGGAAAGCUGCUUCUACAAGUGUUGACCAGAAAGCAAGUUGGAUGGGAUGAUCCCAUGAACCCAGAUGAUUCUGCCCAGUGGAUGCGGUGGGUGGAAGAUCUUCCCAAGCUAGAAGAGGUGAAGGUUGAUCGAUGUUUUAAGCCGAAAGAUUUCAAGGAACUCAAAGACGCUCAACUACAUGUGUUCUCGGAUGCAUCAAGGCAACGUUAUUCAGCGGUGGCUUACUUACGACUAGAAGAUGUAGAGGGUCGUAAACAUUGCUCAUUUGUCAUGGGGAAGGCACGACUAGCUCCCCUGCGAGAGAUCUCUAUUCCAAGACUAGAACUAACCGCUGCUGUUAUUUCGGUAAAGUUGAGUAAGAUUAUCCGGGAAGAGCUGGAUCUUAAGGUAAACAAAGUGAACUACUGGACUGAUUCAAUGUCGGUGCUUAAGUGCAUUAACAAUGAAACGAAGAGGUUUCACACCUUUGAGUCCAAUCGUUUGACAAUUAUACAUGAUGGUUCCAAUGCUGGAGAAUGGCGGUAUGUGAAUAGGGAUGACAACCCAGCUGAUGAUGGCUCAAAGGGACUCAAGAUGGACACUCUAAUCAGGAACGAUCGGUGGCUGAAGGGACCGAGCUUCCUAUUGGAGGACGAUGCAGACUGGCCUAAGGUGAUCACAAUCCCUGAGAUUAAGGACGAUGACCCAGAAGUCAGAAAGGAAGCGCAAGUGUAUGUGACAUGUGAGGAGAAACGGAGAAAUGUUAUUAAUGACAUCAUCAUGUACCACUCUUCGUGGCAGAAGUUGAAGUUAUCGAUCGCCUGGUUAUUGCGAUACAAGCAAUUCUUAAGGAGUAAGGUGUUGCAACGCAAGGAAGCCCAAGGUGAGCAUGAGAAGAGGGACGUCGGAGGAUUAAUGACGGUUGAGGAGUUGCAAGAGGCAGAGUGCAUAAUUCUGCGGCAUGUUCAACGAGAAGAAUUCCCUGACGAGAGAUUGCAUGAGAAAUCUGACAAGUCAAUCAGUAAGUUAUGUCCGCAGAAAGAAAACGGACUGAUACGUGUCGGAGGACGGAUCGGGAAGGCACAGGUUGACUACGAGUUGCGACAUCCUAUAAUACUACCCUACAAGAAUCAUGUUACAGACCUGAUUAUUAUGGAUCAUCAUCAGAGUGUUGGACAUAUGGGUCAAGAGUCAGUUUUGUCGUCUCUGAGAAACGAGUAUUGGGUAAUAAAGGGACGAUCUGCAGUUCGUCGAGUGAUUGGCAAGUGUCUUAAGUGUCAGGGAAGAAGAGCAAAGCCAAUGGAGCAAUUCAUGGCAGACCUUCCGGCUAUGCGAGUUGCAGCUGAGGAGCCACCCUUCACUUACGUAGGGGUCGAUUACUUUGGCCCAAUGGAGGUCAAGGUCGGAAGGUCAAGGGUUAAGAGGUAUGGAUGUUUGUUUUCGUGCCUCAGCAUGAGAGCCGUGCAUGUUGAGAUAACGCAUUCAAUGGACACGGACUCCAUGAUUAACGCCCUGCGACGGUUUAUCAGUCUUAGAGGAUAUCCUAAAGAGAUCCAUAGUGAUAAUGGUACAAAUUUUACGAAGGCAGAUAAGGAGCUAAAGCAAGCCCUCGAAGAAUGGGAUCUCGAGAGGAUCAACAGGUUUUGUAUCCAAAGGCGGAUUAAGUGGAGCUUUAUUCCACCUGCGGCAAGCCACAUGGGUGGUGCAUGGGAAAGGAUGGUACAGACUGCCAAGCGUGUGUUGAAGUCGCUGUUGAAUGAACAAAUAGUUUCCGAUGAGGUGCUUCUCACGGUAAUGGCGGAGACCGUGAACAUCAUCAAUAGCAGACCACUGACACGUAACAGUGAUGAUAUCGAGGAUGAGAUGCCCCUAACUCCCAACCAUUUGCUUCACUUGAGACCAACGCCUAGUGUGCCACCAGGCGUAUUUGGAAAGGAAGAUAUGUAUUGUAGGCGAGCCUGGAGACAAGCCCAAUAUCUGAGCAACAGAUUUUGGCGUCGGUGGACAAGUGAAUAUCUCCCAACGCUGAUGGAGAGAACGAAGUGGACUACUGUCAGAGAAAACCUCAAGGAAGGUGAUGUAGUUCUUUUGGCUGAUGAGAACUUUCGGAGAGGCGAAUGGCCACUUGCACGUGUGAUGGAAGUCCUACCAAGUAGUGAUGGCGUGUGCGCAGCGCCAUGGUGAAGACGGUAUCUACUGUCGCGACGCGAGCGAAAAGACGGAGGCGAGGAGAUGUUCAAGUGAGCAGCACUAUACUUACGAGACCGGUGACGCGUCUCUGUAAAUUGGAGAUGGAUAACUAGAGAGUGAACUGCGUAAUGUAAAGUAACGGAGAUAUCGUCGGUUGCCGCUUGAUUAAGUGUAAAUAAAAACUUUCAGGUUGUUUAUAUUUAGGGGCCGGUGUGGCUACCGACGCGCGGUAUACCUGUGGUAAUUAUAUCGGUGUCACAUGACUAAACAAGUUUGUACAAGUCAGAAAGUCAGAGUUUGUAAUGGCCGACAGCUUGAAAACCGCUAGAAAGCUACAUUGUAGAAGGAGCUGCCAGGUUCCGGAAGUUAAUAAGUGUGUUAUUCAAGCAUCGGAAUAAAUCGUUGUGUUUAUAA